UCGAGCAUGCUCUCGGCACUCGUGCAGUGUCUCGCAGCACGUACUCGUCGUACUCGACCUGUUGUCUGCUGCCCGUCGUGGUGUUGCGGCAUCAACACCACAACCGCACGUCCGGAUCGCAAUCCGUUCUGUUUGGUACCGUCCAGGCGUUCGUGUCACCGCGCGCAUCGCCGAUCUUGGAAGAGACGCGAUGUCCGUUGUUCUUCUUCUUCUUCUUCCGCGCGACCGUAUGCGCACGUCGAAGUCGACGAGCUUCGAAUGAGUUACCGUACACGACACGCGCGACAGCGUAGAUCCCGACAAUUCAAUUGUCGCGAAGUGUCAACACCUGAUCUCUACGAUCGACGAAGAUCAUUCGACAGAUCUCGCGAUUUCAUCUCGCGACCCUUGUCUGUGAUAAUUAUGCGGCGAUAUUGCGAGGGAUAAGGCACAAGUGAUAAGUGUGAUCAGAGCCGCGGAAGUGUUCGAUUUUCUUCUCUCUCUCGGCUAUUCGCAAGUUUUCCUUGCGUGAAGAAUACAAGGAGCGCUCGAGAAAUCUCACAGGAGGGAUGUGACAUCAAAAAACAUCCGAACUUGAGGACCGUUCUCCAUUAAUGUAGGACGGAUCGCACGAUGCACUCGCGAGCGCUUCACUGGCGUGGGUGCUACUGCGUUCCUCCUUCGCUUUGAGGCUGAGGUCAGGUGUGGGAGGGUGCAGAGGUUGGGAACACGUUCGAGACUGAUGCAUAUUGCACGUUAUAGGAUGCUUAGACCGUUUCGAGAUUUACUUGUUUUGACAUUGGUAAUGACGGCGUCGUGUCUCAAUGUGACGGAGGACGACGCCACGAUGUCAGCAGCAUCAAUGAUAGAUUCGAUAAUAACGACAGCUGAAACAAUAUCGACGACAACAUUAGAAACGACGACGACGACAAUGAUAACGACGUCUGCUGCCAAGGAAAAUGUUUCUUCCUCGUGGUCGACGUCGUCAUCGUCUCCGUCGGCUUCACCGACAAUUGUGACAGUACAGGAUGAUGACAUCCCGAAAGAUAUAUCCCACGCAUCAUCGUCCUCCUCUGACACGGUUUGGGAGUGUCCGAAUAUCACAAAAGUGGGUGUGGAAUGUUCUUGCGACUUUCCAUACACACUCAGGUGUACAGGCGAUAGAAUGGCGUUGCAGGUCAUCAGUGAACACCUCAAACACAGUCGAGCGAACAUGAUAUCCUUGUUGGACCUGACCGUGACGGGGAUCUCCGUGUUGCCGGCGCGCUUCCUCGAGAACGUUGCUCUUCAUGGACUAGUUGUCUCUACCGGCGAGCUAAAACGCGUUCAUGAGGACGCGUUCAUCGCACUAGCGCGGCCGUUGCAGGCCCUUGGACUUCCGAACAAUCUCCUAGACUCCGUUCCUACAGUCGCGCUGUCGUAUUUAAUCGGUUUGGACCGGCUGGAUCUUUCCCAUAACAAAUUGAAAACAUUGAAAGCGGAUUCCUUCAAGGGCUUGUCAAAUUUAACUUAUUUGGACCUGUGCGACAAUCAGCUGUCGCAAUUGUCGCCGCAAGUGUUCCUGGCGUUGCCGAUGUUACGCUCACUGAGAAUGCGCGGAAAUCAUCUAAGCGUUUCCGCUCUGUCCGCCCUAAGAGGCCUCAAGCGAUUGGAAGAGUUGGAUUUAUCCAAUAAUCUGUUGCUGGGCCCGAUGGGACCCAAUUUGUUGCCGCAGAUGCCCAGAUUACACUUCCUUAACGUAUCCGAGAAUAGUCUCGUCAAUGUGCAACAAGGAGCCCUCGUAGGUCUUAGGAAUCUCACUUAUCUCAGCCUGAGUCAUAAUCAGAUCGACGUGUUGGAAGACCACUCGUUUAAGCAUUUGUCGACCCUGACACGGCUGGAUUUAGCCAACAAUUGCAUCGUCGCCGUGUCCAGUGCGUCGCUGGCGCAUCUGGAGAAACUGACGAUGUUGGAUCUCACGCACAAUUUCCUGCGAUCGUUGACGGCGGAUCUAGUGGUGCCGCUGAAGAGUCUCCAAGAUCUACGACUGGACGACAACGACAUCACGAUCGUGUCGAGCGACGUGCCGACCACGAAGCUGCACCUGAAGCGGCUUUCUCUCGCCGACAACCCCUUGAACUGCGACUGCACUCUGUUGGAGUUCGCUAACUGGCUCAGCAACUCCAGCUUAAGCGAGGAGGAUAGGUCGUCGGCGGUGUGCGCGACACCGCCCGCGCUGGAGAACGGUAUUCUCACACAGGUGUCGCCGGGUAGCCUGCUCUGCGGCGAGCCUACGCCACCCAUGAUGACACGCGGUGUGCCCGUGGUUGGUGAGCAACUCAGCUUGAAAGAAUUCCACUACGACGAGUCGACCGGCGUUAACCUGCUCUGGCACGUGGAGCAGUGCGUCGAGCGCUACACUUGCGACUCGCUCAUUGUCUACGAGACCGUCGAUGACAAAGAAGUCCAGCUGGAAUCCAGCCCUCUACACUGCGACUCGCGCAUGAUGCGCGAUCCUUGCAUCCUGCCGGUUUCCAUACCGGUCUCAUUGCACCUGCAAAUGGGUCACAAAUAUCGUUACUGCGUGGUGCUGCUGGUACCCACCGCCUACGACGAUGUCUCUCUCGGUCUCGGCUGCAGCGACGUCAUCGUCCUGGAGAAGACUCAACGGCAGCAGCAGCAACAGCCGCACGACUCACAUCUCGCGACUUCUACGCAACCGCCGGUUCUCGGCAUUUCUUACCCGCGGAUUACCGGGAUUCACGUGAACGUGUCCGACCAAGGCAACUUGCACGUGGACGUUGCACUCUCCGCGAAGAUAACGGAGACGUCGACCUGUCAGUUGUCCAUCGUCAUCUUCAACACGAUCUCCGCGGUGCAUCGGCAGACGUUCAAUUGCAGCUCCGCGCUCGUCACCGUGGAAGUGUCAUUGCCGGGUUGUUAUAUGGUGUGCGCCAGUCUGGACGAGCUCACCGAGGCUGUGGUCGCCGUCAGCGAUUUGCUCAACGAUCAUGAGCACUCUCGCUGUGUCGAAGUGGUGCAGAGCCACCAGUUGAACGUCGUCUUCAUCACGUUAGCCGUCGCUCUCGUCAUCUGCGUCAUCACCCUUCUUCUGAUCCUCCGUGGCUAUAACCUCGGCAGGAAGCACUCUGCUAUACAGGCGCAGUGCUUCCUGCCGACUCAGGAAUUCGAAAUCACUCACAAAGCGCACUACAUCAAACUCCUGGCCACGACAAAAGUUUGACAGUCUACUCUCUAAAUCUCCUGGAGUGGAACCUCACUCAAAACGAGUGAAAAGUGACAGUAUUUUCACUCGAAGCGAUAGUGAAAAUACCGCUACUCAAAAUUGCAGGAGUGAGCGUUUCAGUCAAGUUUAAAGUGGAUUCUCACUCUAUAUGAGCGAAUGCUUCAAUCGAUUAGAGUGAAUAUAUUUCUGUCACACAGUGGAGCACAUCAAAUUUACUUCUGAAUUUCGAGUGAAAAUAUUCACUAGUGGAAAAAUUCAUUAUAUACAAAUGAAAUAUCACUCGAUUUCGAAUGAUUCAGUAGUCACUCUGCUUUUCGAGUAAAAUUUUACUCUAAGAAAUUUUGAGAGUGCAACACAUCGUAUUAAUAAUAACACAAAUAAUACAAAUAACACCAAUAAUAAUGGUAAUAAUAAAAAGGCCAUGGGACGACCUUGUCAGACAUAGAACAAAUAUGAUAAUGAGAAAUAAUAUUAAUAUUAAUAAUAAUAAUAAACUGAUCACACCUUUUACGAUGAGAGUGUAUGAAUGUUGGUAAAACGUUAGUGAAAGGUCGUAAGCAACGACGAUGAUUAGUCGACGAAUAAUUUGUUUCUAUUAAGUGCAAUGAAGUCAAACUUGACAUGAAAAUCAAACAGAACUUCUUGACUGAUCCGAUACUAAUUUCGCUCAUGUUACAUGUUGUAAAUAUGUUUUCUUUAAUCGUUUUUAACAUCCAAAUACAAUGCACCUGUUUUGUUGUAAAAUAAUAAAUAUAUGUGAUUACUAUUACA